AUGUCAAAUUUGAGUGACGAGUGGAGUUUCUUGCCAGACAAGCAAAGGCGUGGUCGAACGGUGACAUUAGAAACAACUACUUCAUUGGAGGAACUCAAGAUCAUGGUGUGUGAAGAUUAUGGGGUUGACCCUAAUUUGGUUACUGUCGAGUUCAGUUAUGAGAUGGUGAAUCAAAGAGGAAAUCCGCCCAUUAGUAUGAGCAAUGAUCGACAAGUGAGUAACUUUGUGGGCUACGCAAAGAAGGAUUCCUCUACAACCUUGUGUGUCACGUUCUCUGGUACUGGUACUGGUGUAAAGGAAAAGGAACGAGUCAAGGUCGAUUUGAAUAAGGAGCCGUGUGAUUCAAGUAAUGUUGAGGAAGGUGAAGUUCCUGACAUAAAUCUGGGAGAUUUUGCAGAAGCAUCAAGAGAGCAUCGUGAUAAAAGGAAGAAUCAUGUCGGUGUAGAUGGUUCCGGCGAUGAUGGUUUAAAGAGUGAAAACUAUGGAGAUAGUGAAAAGAAAGAGAAAUCCGAAGCUGGGAACCCAGAUUUCGUGAAGAAAGAUCAACUUUUCCGAAGUAAACGUGUUCUAAAGGCAACAAUGGAAAUUUGGGCGAUGAAGAAUAAUUAUGAUUUCAUUGUUACCAAAUCAACGAAAAAAUGGUGGUCUAUACGAUGUAAGGAUAACACGUGCAACUGGACUGUGCGUGCGGAAUGUGUUGAUGGUUCUACAUAUUUCAUGAUCAAUAAAUGUGUGGGUAUACACUCAUGUGCUCCUUCAAAGAAAAGCAAAUUCGGAAAAAUGGCGUCGGCAAGAACAAUUGGGAAGCUGAUACAACAUCGAUUUGAUGAUGCUAGUGAUGGCCCCAAAGCAAAGGAUAUCAUGCAGUUUAUGAGGAUGGAGCAUAGCUGCGAGAUUACUUAUUGGCACGCUUGGGAAGCUCGUGAGUAUGCAAUUGCAGCUGUUAGAGGUAUACCAGACGAAAGCUAUGCAAAGAUACCAUCAUAUUUGCAUAUGAUUAAAGAAGCUAAUCCUGGUACACACACUCACUAUGAAACUAAAAAGGAUGGUAGAUUCAUGUAUCUAUUUAUGUCCUUUGGGCAAUCGGUUAGAGGAUUUCGGAGUUCAAUGCGCAAGGUGAUUGUUGUUGAUGGAACUUUUCUGAAAAAUAAAUACAAAGGAGUUCUACUUGUUGCUACAGCUGUAGAUGGUAACUCCAACUUGUAUCCAGUUGCAUUUGGAGUUGUUGAUUCAGAGAAUAACGAAUCAUGGGAGUGGUUCUUCCGACAGUUGAAUGUGGUUAUUGCUGAUAGUAAAGACUUAGCUUUUGUGUCAGAUAGAAAUGCGUCAAUUGCUAAAUCAAUUGGAACUGUCUACCCACGAUCAAAACACGGAAUUUGCAUUCAUCAUUUGCUGACCAAUGUGGUUAAAUUCUUCAGUACAAACCCUAAAACAGAGUAUUGUCAGAAAUAA